AUGCCUGUCUGUUUUGUGGUGGCACAGGUCUUAGCGCAUGACCAUGUUAAUUUCAGCGUAUACGUGGAGAAUCAGACACGGGGUCGAGACGCCAUGAGUCGCCGGCAGCACAGAGUGUACCAGCUGUACAGCAGGACAAGUGCCAAACACGUGCAGGUGAUGGGGAGGAGAAUCAGUGCCAAGGGAGACGAUGGGGAUAAAUAUGCCCAGCUUGUUGUGGAGGCUGAUACUUUUGGAAGUCAGGUGAGAAUCCGUGGUAAAGAGACCAACUUCUACCUGUGCAUGAACCAUCGAGGCAAGCUUGUGGGGAAGAAGGCUAGUAAUCGCAGUGCAGACUGUGUCUUCGUUGAGAUGGUGUUGGAGAACCACUAUACAGCUCUGAUGUCAGCACGCUAUACGGGCUGGUACGUGGGCUUCACCAAGAGGGGGCGCCCCAGGAGAGGCCCUCAGACACUGCCCAACCAGCAGGACGUUCACUUCAUGAAGCGCCUGCCCCCCGGGGAGCAGCCCGACCUGCAGCCCUUCCGCUUCACCACAGUCAGCAAGAGAAGCAAGAAAGUGAGAGGGACCCGACCCACAGCCACUACAGCACCUACAUAGUCAAUGCCACACAACAUACCCAAAUGACUCGACAACUGUCCUCCCCUGUGUGAAUUGAAUGUAAGGAGUUUGCUGGGCUGAACCCAGGUAAAGACCUAACUAAGUGGUGCAUAGUACAAUAUGUGCAUCAAAAGACUUGGAGCUAAACAAUCUGACCACAUCAGGGAAGAUGUUGUCCUUGCCCUUUUCCUCCCCAUUCCAGAGACAGUGUUGUCUCAAAGACUGUUGAAUUACAAUGUACAGUGCCAACCAUUCUAGUUAGGCCACAGAAGACAGCUAUACUCAGUGUUUGUUUCCAGAGGCACUAAAGUUGAACUACCAAAGACGACUGAACCAUAGCGUUCAAUACCGAAUAUCCGUGUUUUCAACAUCCCAAAGACAACUGGUCAACUGUUCAGUACCAAACACCCGAACCACCAAAGGCGACUGUAGCGUGUACCCAACACAGAGGGACAGUCAAGGUUUCUCAAUGCAUUAUUUGUAUGUUUGUCUUCAUAUGACUUAGGAGCUACUGUUCCUGCCUUUUCACUCAAUACAGAAAGCUGCUGUAACAUAGUAAGUACACUAUCUUCAGUCUGUCUCGUAUGGAAAUAUUUAAGGAGAAUUGUUGAAACUAUAUGCAUUUUAUUACCAUUGUUAUUAUUACAAUUAUUUAUUUAACUUGAUGGUAUGAUAGCUGUUUUAGACCAAUGGUAUUGCCAAAUAGAAUACAAACAUAUGGUCCUAAAUGUUACCGGUUUGCGAUAUUGUGUGAUACUCAUUAUCAAUAUGCUAAUCCACAAUUGUUUUUCUCUAAAAGAAAUGUAAAUACUCCGUGUUUGUGGACCAUACAGGAAAAGACUCGUAACCUAACCUUGACAUUGUAGGCACCAUACUGUGGGUCAUUGAGGUUCCAUAAAAAAAGUACAAGUGCCAUCUAGUGGUCACUGGAAAUGGGAGCAUCUGCACAGAACACAGAAUAUGUGCCAAACCACAGUUCACUGAUUUAUCCCUUGGAAAACAAGCUGAGCCUAUAGCGACCUUCUUGAUGGAAUGCAGCUGCCAAUACAUAGAAUCAAUUCUGAUCAGGUUAAUACACGAGUUGAAAACUGAAUGGGAAAAUGAGUUAAAAAACAUGCAGGGAAUACCUAUACGAACAUAUCUGAAUGUAUCUAGUUGUGAGAAGUACAGCCCUUUCAUACCUGGAUCAAGGCCUCAACAGCCACACUCAUAACCAUGUCAUUUCCUGCAGCUGGGAUGUCUUUCCCAGGCAGGCGGCCUGCACAGCUCAGACAUGUGGGCACUAGUACGGAGGAGGGCGGGGCAGGAGGUAGUUUCUCACUGCCCAACACCAUGAAACAUUUUCUUGAGAGAAUGUGCGAGGCAGAGAAUGGGCUGGACGUGUGUGUGGAGGAAUGUGGGUUCCAGUGCAUUACUGCAUUCCUGAUCACCCUUUCUGGGUACCAGCAUUCCGUCUGCAGACUAACUUUGAUCCUCCCCUCGAUACACUACACACACACUUUCCAAACACCAAUUCAGAGUUAAUAAUAUAUCCUAAAUUCUCUAGUUUCUUGCCAAUUUCCAGAGCCACACUCAUUAAACAAAAAAUGUGAAACACACAA